UCUCGCCUUGCAGGUGUGGGUAUGGCCAUGAGAAAAAUGGGAAGCAUGGCCAAACCCGAUGUUUACAUUAUUAAGGAUGGGGACACAAUCACCGUAAAAACAGAAAGCACCUUCAAAACUUCACAGUUCAGCUUCAAGCUUGGUGAGAAAUUUGAGGAAAAUACAUUAGAUGGCAGGAAAACUCAGACCCUUGUCAACUUAAAAGAUGAUGGGUCAUUGAUUCAGGAGCAGGAACGGGAUGGCAAGAAGACCAUAAUAACACGGAAACUAGUGGACGGACAGUUGGUGGUGGAAUGUGACAUGAAUGGUGUCAAGUGUGUUAGAGUCUACCAGAAAGCAUGAGGACAUCUUCAUGUUCAGUAAGGACCUGCUACAAACAACUCAGUUCAGUGGACAGAGCUCCUUCACACUCCGUAUUUUCCUUUUCCCUGUUUUCUAGUAUUUCAAUGGACUGAGUAGCUGAGUGCAAUCCUUUUUAAAAGCCGUGAUGUAACUAUUAUAUAACUAUUCUGAACUUAUGAGGCUGUUAAAUAAAAUUGUGAAAUAUAUGAAGUGGAAAUGGUGUUACUGCAGUGGAAUUUUAAAGUGAGGUUUUAUAAAAACUCAGUUUGGUUUUAGGCUCUACUACCAACUGCCUUCAGUUCAAAAUAAUGCAAUACAUGGUAACGAAGAGUUAAUAGCAAGCUGAAUUUUGUCCAGCAUCCUUAAUUGCUAAGGUAGUAAAAUCUGAAACAGAAAAAAACAUUCAGAGUUCAGGCUCCAGAGCUGUUUCCAACUUGCGUGUUACAAAGUUAAGGGGAUGGGGUGGGUAUACGUAAGAGAGAAGCUUUGUUGGUGUUUAAGUAGAGGAAUGUACUUUGAAGGGCUGGUUUGGGGGUUUUUUCAUGUUUCAAACCCACACAUUUCUUAUCUGAAAAAAUAUAUACUGGUGAGCCAAUGGACAUGAUAAACUUAAGCAAACUCAUACACGCUUUACUGAAAGGAAGCCUUAUUUUGAGAAGACUCUUUGUUUUCCUAGCAAAAUUCUUAUUUCCUGCCUAGUAACAUUCUAAAAAUUCUUAACCAAAAUCUACUGAAAUACUGCCUAAAACGUAAAGCCUCAUUUUAUUUUAUUUUUUUUAAACUGGCUUGAAACACGUAGCAAUGGAGUUUAUAUGCUUUA